AUGUUGGUGAAAUGUGAAUGGAAAACAUCCGAGGUUGACUGCAAGAAGCUGUUUCAGAAAACGAAAAGUACUGGAGGGUUUUGCUGUUCUUUUAAUUAUAAAGGACUGUUUGUUGGCGAUUAUGGCCCAACAAAUGAAUCAGAGAACGUAUAUGUUGGUGGUGUUGGUAGUUCUUACGGCUUGAAAGUAUACUUAGAUGCGGAACUUUCUCAGUAUACGACAACAGAAACUGCUGGUUUUUGGGUUUUAGUGCAUAAUUCAAGAGACUAUCCGGAUGUUUUGGUAUAUGGAACCCAUUUGGAAUUGAACAGCCAAAUGUCUUUAGCUGUUCGAGAUUCGAUAUUAUCGAGCAGAGAAGAAAUAAGGGGAAUUGAUGUGGAAACUCGUGGAUGUCUUUUUACUGGCGAGGUAACCAUUGUUUAUGUACUCAUUUGA